AUGGGUAUCGUAUCAUACGUUGGUAGCUUUUUUUCCUCUCCACCGCCAAACCAAAAAUUUUCGGAUCGUUAUGUCCUUGUUACUGGUUGUGAUGCUGAUUGUGAUUCCGGUAUCGGAAGCUUGAUCGCAAGGAAGUUACAUCGGAAGGGUUAUUUUGUGUUUGCAGGUUGUAACACAGAGAAAGCUUUCAAAGAACUUAUAUCUAGUAAAAGUCGUUCUCCUAGCUUUAAACCUUUUCUACUUGAUGUAACUAAAGAAACUUCAAUUCAACAAUGUCUUCGUAUGGUAGAAACUACUACCAAAGAAAAAGGUUUAUUUGCAUUAAUUAACAAUGCCGGAUGUAAUGAAGGUUUUGCAUUUGAAUUCACAUCUAACGAACAAAUUGAGAAAACCAUGGAAGUAAAUUUUAUGGGUCCAAUUAAAAUAAUCAAAGAAUUAUUACCUUUUUUAAGAAAGAAUGUUAAAUAUAAUUUAUCAAAAGAACCAAAGGAUCGUGAUAUUUAUCCACGUAUUAUCAACAUGACUUCAAUAUUAGGUAGAACGACCAUUCCAUUUUAUGGAGCUUAUAGUGCUUCAAAACAUGCUUUAGAAGCAAUGCUUGAUACCAUACGAGUUGAAUUAUUACCUUGGAAAAUUCAUGUAUCAAUGAUUGAACCUGGUCCACUUAUAAACAAAUCUUCGAGUCCAGAUUUAAUGGGAAUUUCAAAGAAAUUUUUUGCUUCCCCUGAAAUUAAUCAAACAUCAAAAAGUUAUGGUGAAGAUUAUAUUCAAAAAGCAAUUGAAUUUUGGAAAAGGAUUCAUUCGAAUCAAGAAAAUCCACUUGAAAUAUUGCAAACAGUUAUUGAAGCAGUUGAAGUUGGAUUUCCUAAAGAUCGUUAUGUAGUUGGAAGAAUAGCCAAAAUGCAUGUUCUAAUUCAUAACGUUUUACCAGGAUGGAUAAUUGAUUUGGCAUGGGGAAGUAUGAUUAGAUUAGUAGGUGCUUGGCCAAAAGAAGUAAAAGAAUUAGAAGAUGUUAACCAAAUUUGGUUAUGA